CGGAACUUCACUUUUACACACUAAUUGCGUAUGUGUCCCGUGGGAACUUAAAGAGAACAAUGUAAUUCGAAAGACACAUGUUGCUUUGGCAGUGGAUUGAACUUGUACAACAGUUUGGCAAGAAUUAAGCAAUAUCAAAGAUGCCCAGUAGGUUUGAGGUCAUUUCAUUAUCUUUCAUUAACAAUGUGGCAUGGAGAUGGCUUUAAAGGAGGCUUGUCAACACCGAGCUAAUCACCUGCUGUGCUGACUAGCAUCACACUUCUCAGAUGUAGCCUACAUCUUGCUGAUAAACGUGUAUUCUGCUGAAUGGCUCAUCUGAGGUGACGGUACAAUGCUUCACCAAUUCUUAGUUCAUGCAGCUUUUCAGACCAGCAGGUGGCUUCCAAGACAUCAAAGGUUAAAAUGUCAGAUUGUUCUUUUCAUCUUUGUGGUGAUUUUCCUGGCGCCACAGUUUUAUGUUUUGUCAAGGCCAAAAACGUCUCGUUAUUGUGAAAAGCCACUCUUAAACAAUCUCAUAGCCUUCAUUGUGUUCUCCUUCUUAGCAACAGGUUUGGCUGUAGCGCUUACACUCACGGACCCAGUUCCCAAGAGUAUCAGGGUAGCUUUUCACUCAUUUGGGCUUUUCACAUUUAUCCAGGGACUCUGUACAGUCAUUCUUACCCUGUCUGCACCACAGUGUGCAAAAACCACCACAGAAUUAUACAUAUUUUCUUUAGUAGUCUCUUGGGCUUGCAUACUUUCAACAGCUUUCUUUCUGGUUAGAGGAGGUCUUUGCCUGAUCCACAUACUGUUUCCUCAUUGGCUAAGAGAUACGUGCCUCUGGGCUUGAAAAAUGAGCCAUGGCUGCAGUAUGGUCUUCUACUGACACUCAAUACAGCUGGCCUGACAGUUUUUUGUCAAGGGCCUGAGCACUGUAAAGGUCGUGACCAAAUGGCUUCUCCAGUACCACCCUGAGCCAUGCAUCAGAUGGGGGGUGGCAGGUGUUGUUAAUCUUCUCUGCAAUGUCUGCAUACGCGAAAGCUGGAA